GGCUGUGACACUGUAUAUCCACAGUAUAUUUAGAUACAAUUUGGUAUGGGUGCGACAGCAAAUUAAAAAACUGAAAAUUAAAUAGAAAGUGUUGAAUGCAAUAUACAGUGUAUGUUUUAUAAGUUUUAAUAAGUUUUGAAGAAAAGCACGAUGAAAAUUAUUUGUUAUCAUAUAAUUAUUUUUUAUAGUGCCAAGUUAUGACAUUCCAAUAAUAGUAACAUUAAACACAUGUCGCAAUUUAAGAGAACAUUGUCAAGCACGGAUGCAUCUGUGGAGAAUUAAACGAAUUUCCACAGAAACAUUAAACGAUUCUAGUAAAACAUUAAACUGUCUCAGUAAUAAAAUGGGGAAAGAACAGACAACUACUGAUAAUUGUUUUGAUAUAACAAGUGAUAUAAAUGAACAAAUUACAAAGCUUCUACAAGUUUCUCCAUUUAAAUCAAAUUCAUCAGAAAAACAUGGUCAUAAAGGACAAAGGCUAGUAAAACGUUUGAAUAAAGUAUAUUGUGAAGAAUUUUUGGAAAUUGAGGAAAAAAUGUAUACCUUGGAUAAAAAAAAGUUGAAUAAUAUGGAAUUAAAUUUUAAACCAUUUAUGCCAUAUAGUAGUAAAAACUUUUAUUGUUUAGCUUGUAAUAAUACUGUUUCAAAAGAAUUGGAUCUAUUAUAUGAACAUGCGUGUCUUGACGCACAUAAAUUUAAGUUAAAUACAAUUAAAGAAGAUAAAGACUCUGAAAAAUUGAUAAAGCAAUAUAUGCAGAAAAUUUCAGAAGAUUCCAUAAAAUGUCAUAUAUGUAAAAGUUGUAUCAAAAAUGAUACUGAUAAUAUUGAUGCUCAUAUUAAUGAUAAGAUGCAUAAGAAAAAAUGUGAAACCUUUUGUGCAGUUAUAGAUAAUGCUUUUAAUUCUAUAACACAGAAUCUUACAAAUUUAUGGUAUAGCAUUCAAAAAUUUUCGUGUGUUCCAUGCCAAAAAAGUUUCAAUUAUAAAUUGGAAUUUAUAGAACAUAUUGCUACACAUACGAAAGAUUCAACAAAGGAAAUAUUUGAUUUUUGUAUUCCAUGUGCAACAUUAUGGUUGGACACAAAAAACUGUUAUACAGAACAUUGUAAUGAUCCAGUGCAUAAAUAUUUAAUAAAAAGUAAAGAUUUUAUGGUUGAAGAUCUUCCUGAAUGUAUAAAGAAAUUAUUAGAUCAAGUUGACGAAAUUUCUGAUGUUUUAUUUGAACAAACACAAAUUUUAAUGAAUGACACUAUACAAAAGGAAGUUACACAAUCUUUGGAAAAUACCUUGAAAUCAUUUUAUCCCUCUAUUAAAGCAUUUUUAUUCGGAUCUAGAAUUACUGGACUUGGAUCUGUAAAUAGUGACAUAGAUAUAUAUCUUGAUUGUGGAAAUACAUACUAUCAAGAUCAAGAAGAAUCAUUAAAAAAGAAAUAUUUCAUAUCUAUUGAGAAAAUUUUACAUCAACAAAAGGAAAAAUGGGAAGUGAAAGAAAUAAUAGAGUCAAGAACUCCUAUAAUAAAGUUGUUAUAUAAACCAACAAAUAUACAAUGUGAUAUUUCUCUUACAAAUGGUCUUUCAGUUGAAAAUUCUAAACUAAUAAGGUCAUUUAAUGAUGCAUAUCCACCGUGCAGAAAACUAAUACUGUUCAUUAAGAAAUGGUUAUCUUGUUUCAAUUUACCUUCAAGGCAUGGUUUAACAAAUUAUGCUAUUGCUUGGAUUGUUAUAUUUUAUCUACAGUUAAAUAUGCAUUUACCAAGUGUUGCUACAUUAAUAAAAGAAAAAAAUAAAUCUAGACUUAUAUGUGGAUGGGAAACUGGUGUUGCACAACCAAAGAAUAAUAAUAAAUCUGUGCAAUCUCUUUCUAUGCUAUUAUUGGGUUUUUUUCAAUUCUAUGCUAAUUUUGAUUAUCGACAUUACAUUAUUUGUCCACUUAUGGGUUACGCCUUAGCGAAAAAAGAUUUUAUAAAUCUAGAUAUGCUGCCCAAAGAAAUGAAACCUUAUAUCAAUCAUAUAUAUAAAUCUAACGAUCCGGAAUAUUUUCGGAUUGAUUCUUCAUUAUGUGUGCAAGAUCCAUUUGAUUUAUCCCAUAAUCUGACAAAAGCUGUUAGUAGUAUUACUUUAAAGUAUUUUAAGCAGUAUUGUCAAGAUAGUGCAUCUAUAUUAAGUUCGAAAACGAAGUGAUAUAAAGAUAAGUACAAAGGAUUCGUCAAUUAGAAAUAAGAAAAUACACUAAACGUAUUCGUGAUUUUUUACAAUGACAUGUUACCUAUAUGACGAAAAAAGAUAUAUUUCUAUAAUUUUAUUAGUACGUCAUAUAUUUUUCUGUAACUUAAUCGUAUCUUAUCGUAAGAUUUGUGUGCCUUGUAUGCCUCAACCAAGUGAUAUUUGUUUCAGUAACUUUAAACAUGGUGCUACAAGUAAUUAUAAAGUUUUUUAAGGGAAUGUAUAUUUUCACAAUCGUGCUAUCAACUUUUAUUUUUAAUAUAUGUAUUUAAAUCGUGAUGAAUAUAUAUUUUUAUAUGAUGUGUAUUAUUAAAAAUCAAAGUUAUAUAUUUAGUUUCAGCUACUGUUACGUUUAGAAUUGAUAUUGAAUACUUUAUUUAUUGACUUAAUUUUGAAGAAUUAUCUAUAAAAUGUUACAUUCUUGUUAAUUUUAUGUUAUUGUUAUCAACUGUACCUAUGUAAUAAUUGUUAUUUAGUUACUAUGUUAAUUAUAGGAUGUGGUAGGAUGUGUACUACAUGUAUUCUUGUACCAAAGGAAUUUAAACCAUCAAAAAAUAAAAAUGUACAAUAAAUUGCUGUUA